UGUUGGAGUUAAACACAUGUUUGAGCGAACAUGUUAAAAUAUAUUAUAAUAUGUUUGUGCGUUGGUCUCAGUGGCGUUAUAGGUGACCUGAAUAAGGAAGAAGGAGCUCCUUGCGAGUGGGAUGGCGUCCAGGGCCAAUGUGUGAAAGAGACAAGAUGUCUGACAACAUUGGACACGCGUGGCGACAAACAUUUGGUAUGUUCCAAGCAAGGAGAUGUGAAUAUUGUUUGCUGUACCGACUGUCUUCUGGUCAAUGACACAAGAAACGUCGUAAUGAGCCCCCAAACUGGCUACUUUUGGAAGGACGGAACCAAGGCCAGAGAUGCCUGCCUCGAGUACUUGAAGACUUUGCCAUACCGAUGCCGUGAUGGUGGCUUCUACUCCUUAAUUACCAAAUCGUAUGAUGAAGAGAAAAAGUGCCACAAUGAAGGAUUAAUGGGGGUCGGGGGCGCCCCCCCUCCGGGGUAUGAGCCUGGGGCUAAAUAUCCUCAUCAGGCGUUGUUAGGAUAUGGAGACAGUUUGGAGACAGCCAAAUGGCUGGCUGGAGGAUCCAUCAUCAGCGACAAAUUUAUCCUGACUGCUGCCCACGUUAAUAACUAUUCACAAACGAAAAAACUGCAGUUUGUCGCUCUUGGAGUGAAAAGGCUGUCAGACCCUGCAUCAUCCUGGCAGGUGCACCAAGUGAAGAGGUUCAUUCCUCAUCCAGAAUAUAAGUCUUCCACCAGAUAUCAUGAUAUCGGCUUAAUUGAGACGGAAAAACCGAUUUCCUUCAACAAGAAUGUAUUACCAGCUUGUCUGCACGUGGCUGCGGUUGAAGACAGCACUGCUAUUGCAACUACAUGGAGAGAUCUGGAGAAUUACAGCCAAUUUGCUGAUACCAUUCAAACUAUUAAUUUGGAGAAGUUUACAGAACAAGAAUGCAACUCAGCGUAUUCAUCGCAUAAUUUACGGUUGAAAGAAGGUAUAGAUUACAAAACUCAAAUGUGCUAUGGAAGUAAAACUCAGGCGCCUGAAGCUUGCAAGGGUUUAUCUGGUGAACCUUUACUGGUGGAAAGACAGUUCUCUACCUGCAUCUACACCAUAAUUGGUAUAACUUCAUUCGGAUCAGCUCGCUGUGACAAAGCAUCAUUACCUGACGUAUUCACCAGGGUAGCUUAUUACAAACCCUGGAUCGAGGAACAGGUUUGGGGUUAGAAGGAACAGAAGACAUUGAUUCAGAAGAAAACUGCUAUAUGUAGGGUUUUUAGUGACUGGCAUUUACACACGUGGUUGUACUUAUAAUAAGAAACAACUUUCUCAAAAAAACAAUUUUGUAUGUAACACGAUAGUUUUUUU